AUGGAUGAUGGCUCUUCUGCAGUUCAAGUGGUAGAUGUAUCCUCUAGUGAUGAUGACUCGCUCAAUCAUUCAGCUGGCAAUCGUGGCCAAGUAGAAGAUGCAGAAACUAUUUCGGAGGGAAAUAAUGAAGCAGCAAAUUUAGCUCGAUAUAGCGUAUCUUUAUUUAGCAUUACUGUUCAAAUGGACACUAUCCCCUCAGAGGAUAAUACAGGGAAACAAGCUAACCAUCUCCCAAUUGAAGUUGCUGUACUUUCAAGAAUGUAG